GGCAGCCGGCGUGGCCGGGGGGCGUUCCUUGACCCCCCUUCUAACGGGCGUCGGGUAAAGGUGGCGUCGAGGCAGAGGCGAAGAGAAAGCGGCCGAAUUAGCCCAUCCCGAGUGCGGUGACGAGCCUCCUUGGUCCUGCCUGUCGGUCCUCGAAUGCUUCCAGGUUCCAAGUCGCUGCUACCUGGCUUACCUCGUCUAUUCGGUUUUGCUGCAAUGAGCUCCGUGACUGGCACGUACGAGUUGCAGGAACCCCUCAACUACCGAGGUGGAACCCGUGUCCAGCCUGCGGAUGGGAACCACUUCGAAGAAGUGUAUGAGCCAGCAACAGGCCGUGUCAUUGGCAAGUUUCUCUGCUCUGGUGAGAAGGAGGUGAAUCUAGCUGUGCAGAGCGCACAGGCCGCAUUUAAAAUAUGGAGUCAGAAGUCAGGCAUGGAACGGAGCACGAUAUUGUUGGAGGCUGCCAGGAUCAUCCGGGAACGGAGGGAAGAAAUCGCUAAAAUGGAAACCAUCAAUAAUGGGAAGUCGCUCUUGGAAGCCUUGGCGGAUAUUGACGUAUCGUGGCAAUGUGUGCAGUAUUAUGCUGGCUUAGCGGGCUCCCUGGCGGGUCAGCACAUCCAGCUCCCUGGAGGAUCCUUUGCUUACACCAGAAGAGAACCUCUUGGGGUGUGUGUUGGAAUUGGGGCCUGGAACUACCCUUUCCAGAUUGCCUGUUGGAAAUCAGCCCCGGCGUUGGCCUGUGGUAACGCCAUGAUCUUCAAGCCGUCUCCCUUCACCCCCAUCUCUGUUGUGCUGCUGGCCGAGAUUUACAGCGAAGCCGGCGUCCCGAAGGGGCUUUUCAACGUGACGCAAGGUGGGGCUGCCACGGGCCAGUUCCUGUGCCAUCACCCAAAUGUGGCCAAAGUUUCUUUCACCGGCAGUGUGCCCACAGGCAUCAAGAUCAUGGAGAUGGCAGCCAAAGGGAUCAAGCCAGUUACUCUGGAGUUGGGAGGCAAGUCCCCUCUCAUCAUCUUCUCGGAUUGCGUCCUGGAGAAUGCCGUGAAGGGCGCCCUCAUGGCCAAUUUCCUCACCCAAGGCGAGGUCUGCUGCAACGGCACCCGGGUGUUUGUGCAACGCGAGAUCCUUUCGGCCUUCACCAAGGCAGUCGUGCAACAGACCCAGAACAUCAAAAUCGGAGACCCCCUGCUGGAAGACACGCGGAUGGGGCCGCUCAUCAACCGCCCCCACCUGGAGAAGGUGCUGAGCUUUAUCAAGCAAGCAAAGGAGCAGGGUGCGGAGGUGCUGUGCGGAGGGGAGCCGUAUGUACCGGAUGACCCCAAGCUGCAAAAUGGCUUUUACAUGUCUCCCUGCAUCCUAGGAAACUGCGAGGACAACAUGACCUGUGUCAAGGAGGAGAUUUUUGGGCCCGUCAUGUCCAUUCUGCCCUUUGAUUCGGAGGAGGAGGCCCUGGAGAGAGCCAACAGCACCCGUUUUGGCCUGGCGGGGGGCGUCUUUACCAGGGACAUCCAGCGGGCUCACAGGGUCGUGGCGGGUCUGCAGGCCGGGAUGUGUUUCAUCAACAACUACAACAUCAGCCCCGUGGAGCUGCCUUUUGGAGGCUACAAGAUGUCAGGGUUUGGCCGAGAGAACGGCGAAGCAGCGAUCGGGUAUUACUCCCAGCUGAAGACUGUCUGCGUGGAGAUGGGCGAUGUGGAAUCCGUGUUCUGAAUUCCCUGGUUCAGCCGGCAGUCUCCCGCGAGCAGGCAGCAGAAGUACUCAGGGCCACGGCAGGGUCCUUGCGUUUCCGCCUCCCUACUCCUUUGAGUUCCUUUCGUUUUCUUCUGCUCUUUUAUCUUGUAGCGAAGAAAAACCAGCUAGCCAGGUGCAAGGCCUUCAGCUGCCUGAUCCCACAGGUCUUCCGUUGUGCUUCCCCCACACACACACACACACCGCUGCCUUAGUUCUCCGCUCUUGGGAGCAGAAGGGGAAAGUAUUAGCAGUGUCCCCCUUCCCUGAAGUUGGGGCUGCACAUCUUCCUGCCGAUCCUCCAUUCACCCCUUCCUCCUCCUGCAGUAGUUGAUGUCAGACCCCGAGCAGGAUCGCUGCCUUUUCUAUGCAAGCACUUUUGUACUCUGUUUUCUGAACAAAUAAAGGAGCUGGCCUUGAGUGGGUGUGUGGAUAAAUGUCACCAGCAUGAAGCUGCCCAUUCUAAGAACACGAGAGCGGCCUUGCUGCAUCAGAUCAGGGGUCCAUCUAGUCCAUCAUCCUGUUCUAUUCAGCGGCCGACAAACAGGCCACAGAUGCCAAGGCUUUCCCCUGUCGCUGCCUUCUGGCACCGGGAGUCAGAAUUUUAUUGCCUCGGUAACAAAAGGCUUCCUUUAGUCACUAUGUCUAGCAGGCAUGGAUGGUUCUUUCCUCCACGAAUUUGUCCGAGCUCCCUUUUAAGUAAUGAAG